UCUAGAAACAGAAAAUUAUUGACGGAAAAAUCAGACAUAACAAGCAAUAUUAUUACUGUAAAAUAAAAAUAUUUAUUAUAUCAACAUAUUGAUAUAGCCGAGCUCCCAUAGAAACAAUCCGUUUCAUAACACGUGUGCUGUAUUGUAAGGUAUUGAGUUCCUGACAAUGUCGGCAAACCUUUGCGAAAAGAUUUUGCAACAUUUGUCCGAUUACGAUGCGGUCAAUACGAUUGCCUUGGCAAAAAUAUUACAAGAAGACCAUCAAAAGGUGAUAGGGGCAGUAAAAAGUAUCCAGGCAACUGGAGACUUGGUUACCGCUGAUCCUCAAAGUACCAAACAUUUAGAAUUAACGUCGGAAGGGAAAGAAAUUGCUGAGAAAGGGAGUCAUGAGGCAGCAAUUUUUAACGCGGUUCCGGAAGAAGGCAUUUCUCAAAGCGAUUUAAUGAAACUGCCCAAUUCUAAAGUAGGUUUCAGUAAGGCAAUGUCUGCAGGAUGGAUUUCCUUGGACAAGACUGGAACCACUCCAGUAGUAAGAAGAAAAACGUCCCAAAUACAUGAUGCAGUGCAGCAACAUCUGAAAGACAUUGCAUCAGGCAAUCACUCAGGCUUAACUGAUAAUCUGAAGCAGGAAUAUAAAAAGAGGAAGCUCCUACAGGAAGUAAUAGUGAAAAGUUUUGACUUAAAGAAAGGACCUGAAUUCAAUUUGUCUCUGACAAAAUUAGAGACAGACUUGACAUCAGACAUGCUGGCAUCAGGAAGCUGGAAGACGUUGAAGUUCAAAGAUUACAACUUGGAUGCUCUUGGGGCUCCUCUGGAGUGUGGAGCCCUUCAUCCACUCUUGAAGGUCAGGUCAGAAUUCAGACAGAUAUUUCUCGAAAUGGGCUUCACAGAAAUGCCCACAAACAACUUUGUUGAGAGUUCAUUUUGGAACUUUGACUCCCUCUUCCAACCCCAGCAGCACCCCGCGAGGGACGCUCACGACACGUUUUUCAUAUCCGAUCCAAAGACGUCGUCAAAUUUUCCCAAAGACUAUUUAGAAAAAGUAAAAAAGGUCCACAGCAAAGGGGGAUAUGGAUCCCAGGGGUAUCGAUACGAUUGGAAAAUAGAAGAGGCCGAAAAGAAUCUUCUCAGAACCCACACGACAGCAGUCAGCGCGAGGAUGUUGUAUAAAUUAGCUAGAGAAAAAGAAUUUAGACCUGUGAAAUUUUUCAGUAUUGAUAGGGUAUUUAGGAACGAAACUCUUGAUGCCACCCAUUUGGCAGAGUUUCAUCAGGUGGAGGGGGUGGUCGCAGAUUACAAUCUCAAUCUCGGAAACCUGAUAGGGGUGUUGAGCGAGUUCUUCAAAAAAUUAGGGAUCACCGAUUUGGAAUUCAAACCGGCCUACAACCCCUACACUGAGCCGAGUAUGGAAAUAUUUUGUUUCCAUAAAGGGCUGAACAAGUGGAUCGAAAUCGGUAAUUCGGGAUUGUUCCGGCCGGAAAUGUUACUUCCCAUGGGACUUCCGGAUAAUGUAAAUGUCAUCGCGUGGGGAUUGUCUCUGGAAAGGCCUACAAUGAUUAAGUAUGGGUACAACAACAUAAGGGAUUUGGUGGGACCGAGGGUCGAUUUACAAAUGGUACAAAGUGCGCCCAUUUGCCGAUUGGAUAAAUGAGUUGUAACGUUUGUUCUAAAUGAAAUUUAUUUAUAUUUCAAGUAUUUAUUAUACUAUGACUAAAUAAUAAAGCGUUUUUUUAAAUCGA